AUGACAUCUCCUCUCGAAUUGCUCGCGACCUCGGGCCUUUUCGUCACCGGCGCACUGAUCAUGCGAGGUGCAGGCUGUGCGAUCAACGAUCUUUGGGAUAGAAAUCUAGAUCCUCACGUGGAACGAACUAAGUUUCGACCGAUUGCACGAGGGGCCUUGACGCCUCAGAAAGCCGUUGUUUUUACCGGAUUCCAACUGUUAGGUGGCCUAGGACUGCUUCUCCAAUUUCCCUUGGAAUGUUUGUGGUAUGGGAUCCCAAGUCUACUGUUUGUUGCCUCAUAUCCCUUGGCCAAAAGGGUGACCAAUUACCCCCAAUUUGUCCUUGGCUUGACCUUCUCAUGGGGUGCGAUGAUGGGCUUCCCAGCGCUAGGUGUGGAUUUGUUGAGCCGACCUGAUGCCCUUGCAGCUGCGGCAGCGCUUUAUUCCAGCUGUGUGGCCUGGACCGUUUUGUACGACAUGAUCUAUGCACACAUGGACAUCAAGGAUGAUGUGGCCGCCGGAAUAAAAUCCAUUGCUCUACGCCACGAACAUAAUACCAAAGCCGUCCUGUCAGGCCUGGCUGUCACCCAGGUGGCCCUUUUGGGAGUUGCGGGCUUGGCCGCUGGCGCUGGGCCGGUGUAUUUCAUCGGCAGCUGCGGAAGUGCCAUUGCGACGCUUGGGCUGAUGAUCUGGAGAGUGCGCUUGAAAGAUGUCAAAAAUUGCUGGUGGUGGUUCAAGAAUGGCUGUUGGCUGACUGGAGGAGGCAUCGCGCUGGGCAUGGCAGGCGAAUAUAUUGACCAGUACCGCAAGCGUGGGGACGAAACGAGCUCCCCAGAUUUUCCCGAGUCGAUCGCUCGCCAGCACGACGACAAUUCUUCCAACAACACCAGCACACAAAAGUCCACCUCCCCUGCAGCGAUGUUUUCGAGAUUUUCCUUUCAGGCUUCCCGCGGCAUCGCGCGAUCCGUGCCGAAGGGCAGAGUCAUUCCAGGUCCCUGGUCGUUUGUCUCAGGCCCAUCCACCACCCUGCAAGCCCGUUUCCUCUCGGCAGAAACGAGAGCAGCCAUCGAUAAAGCCGUAUCCUCGGCCCCGGUCGUCCUGUUCAUGAAGGGAACCCCCGAAACGCCGCAGUGUGGGUUCUCUCGUGCGAGCAUACAGAUUCUCGGUCUCCAGGGAGUCGAUCCUCAAAAGUUCACUGCAUUCAACGUCCUUGAAGACCCAGAGCUCCGGCAAGGAAUCAAAGAAUACUCCGACUGGCCAACAAUACCGCAACUCUACGUCGACAAAGAAUUCGUGGGCGGCUGUGAUAUACUGAUGUCUAUGCACCAAAACGGCGAACUUGCCAAGCUGCUCGAGGAAAAGAGCACUCUUGUUCCCGCUGAAGAGUAG